UGAAGUGGAGUGGCGCAACUUCGGAGUAUCUCAAAGGGUCAACAGUGGUAGAAAGUGAAAUGAAAGCCGCAUUAUCAUCGUUGCUCAGCUCCAAGACUGUCUCUAUCCACCAUCCCUCCUCUGCUAUCUCUCGCACUACUUUCCCCUACAAAUCCCUCUUUAAGUCUCCCAUCCUCCCAAUUCUCCCCAUACACCAGAGUAAUCGCACAAAUUUCACCCGAAAAUCCCCACUCCAUACCAGCUUCGCUGCUCCCAUAAUGGCCUCCUCUUACAAGUCCGAACAAGCCAGGGUCCCGCCUGCCGUUCCCUUGCCCACUCCCCCAGUCACCAAGUUCAAGAUCGGGUUGUGCCAAAUUUCGGUGACGCCCGAUAAGGAGAGGAACAUCGCGCAUGCUCGGAAGGCGAUUGAGGAGGCUGCCGCAAAGGGUGCCCAGCUUGUUCUCUUGCCCGAAAUAUGGAAUAGUCCAUAUUCAAAUGAUUGCUUCCCAGUCUAUGCUGAGGACAUUGAUGCAGGUGGUGAUGCAUCUCCUUCAACAACGAUGCUUUCUGAAGUUUCUCGUCUUCUGAAGAUCACAAUAGUUGGUGGCUCUAUACCAGAACGUUCAGGGGAUCGAUUAUAUAAUACUUGUUGUGUCUUCGGUACUGAUGGAAAAUUGAAAGCUAAACACAGGAAGGUACACCUUUUCGACAUUGACAUUCCUAGGAAGAUUACCUUUAUUGAAUCAAAGACUCUCACAGCCGGGGAGACUCCGACUGUUGUGGACACGGAUGUCGGGCGUAUUGGUAUAGGCAUCUGUUAUGACCUUCGCUUUCAGGAGCUGGCAAUGAUAUAUGCAGCAAGAGGUGCUCAUUUGCUAUGCUAUCCUGGUGCAUUUAACAUGACUACCGGACCAUUGCAUUGGGAGUUAUUGCAGAGGGCAAGGGCUGCAGACAAUCAGUUAUAUGUGGCAACCUGUUCUCCUGCCCGAGAUGCUGAUGCUGGUUAUGUGGCUUGGGGCCACUCCACUCUCAUUGGACCAUUUGGAGAAGUCCUAGCUACCACCGAGCAUGAGGAGGCUAUAAUCAUAGCAGAGAUUGACUAUUCCGUAAUUGAGCUCAGGAGGACAAGCCUCCCCUUGUUAAAGCAACGGCGAGGUGAUAUUUACCAAUUGGUAGAUAGUCAGAGGCUGAACUCUCAGUGACAGAAGAAUGGAAUUAUUGAGGUCUGUUCUGAUGCAUGGACAGAUUUUCGAUCAGAGAGGUUACUGAAAUAAUAACGUGACACCAUUAUGUUCUGGAUCUAUAUUGCAUGAAGAUUUCAGAUAUUGCAGGUUUAGGUGAGUUGGAACUUCAAUUUCUGGCAAAAGAAUACUCUGUUAAAGUUCUAAGAUUCUCAAUGACUUUAAAAUGCUUGGGUUUGCUUUAGUGUUAAAUGACUUAGUUUUGGAGGGUAUACUCCUUCAAUC